ACUUCCUUGAACAAGUCACUAAAAACGUAUUAUUUAUUGUUUUCAUUGCAGGUUGCUGGUAAUUUCGUGUUCGCUUCGGAAGUCUUCCCAAGUUCCAUCAGUCCCUUUGAAAACGAUAAUUACACCAAUCUUGUUUUAACGUCAGGACCGUAUAGCUUCGAUGAGUUACAAGCGACCAUAUUGAAGGUUCUAAAGGGGAAAAACCUUAGUCCAGAAAACCAAGAUGCUCAGCAAACAAUCUGUGAUAUAUGGAACAUAUACGAAAGCAGCGGCUUUGUGAAUUUGGAACCGAAUGUUGCGGAAGGUCGGUACUGUGAAAGUUUCUAUGAUAAUAUAAUGUGUUGGCCACCAAGUCCACCAGGUGAAGUGCACCAGAGAUGUCCAAAGAUUUGGAACGGGGUUGAAUACGAAGAUACUAAUGUCAUCCAGUAUUGCCACGAAAAUGGGACUUGGAAUGAGAAGUCAGACUACGAUAAUUGUAAAGACGUCAAAAAGGAUGACGUAUAUAUGGAUAUAGCGACGGUGAUCUUAUAUGCUGGGUAUUCGUUGUCAUUUGUUUCGCUUAUCAUCGCAUUUGGUAUAUUUUUAGCUUUCAAGAGCUUACGUUGUCUUCGGAAUUACAUUCAUUGGAAUUUUAUUACAAGUUUCAUCUUUUUAUACAUUAUGUUCUUUUGCAAUCAUCAGAUGGUUAAGAAAAGCAUGGAAAAUCUGCCUGUAUGUCGUCUGCUGUUGACACUAAUCAUCUACGCACAGUGCACUAAUUUCUUUUGGAUGUUUGUCGAAGGAUUGUAUCUGUACACCCUUGUAGUUAUGGCGCUCAAACCCGAAAAGAUGACACUGGUCAAGUAUUGCCUGAUUGGAUGGGGAACUCCUUUCAUAAUAACAAUGAUUUAUGCAAUUUGUGAGCUCCAAUUCGGCAGCGGUUGUUGGGCUUCAGUCGGUGCUGAGAUACUUACCCCAGAUGGUGAAAAAGAACCAAAUUCUGUGGAGUACCUAGAAUUCAUUUUUGUUGCACCAGUUAUGCUCAUUCUAGUGACGAACACUUUCUUUCUGUUCCACAUUGGGUUUAUUUUAAUGACGAAACUCAAAGCUUCCCAUUCGUUCGAGACCAGACAAUAUAGGAAAGCACUACGUGGCAUCUUGCUCCUUUUGCCUCUGCUUGGAGUCACAGGAAUAAUUUUUGUUGUCAACUCCGGCCACAGCAAUCCAGCCUUGAUUAUCGCUAACGCUUUACUUCAUUCAUUCGAGGGAUUUUUUGUCGUUCUGAUCUACGUGUUUUGCAACCAAGAGGUACAGAGGGUAAUCAAACGAAAGAUACAUCACUGGCGGGAAGAACAGUCGUUACCAACCCGACAAGUAUCGCGACGCGGAUCCCACUCUCGACAGAAUAGCAUCGUAAGUGCUAUGUUUGCCAAACAAAAUGGCGACACGGUAGACUUCGAUAAGACUCGGCAUAAUUCAAAAGUAGGAUGUUGCAACUUUACAAAAUCACAGAAAGCCGAGGGCUACAAUAUGAUUACCACACAUUCGUUUGACGUGAGCACACGACAAUGUUCACUAGAUGGAUUAACCAGUGAAAAGUGCUUCAGUAAACCAGGUUUUGAGUCUAUAUCUGAAGUGAGCACUGGGCAGGAAAAUUCGUGCGGUAAAUCGGAUACCACAUCAGUUGUCUACCAUGAAAAACAACCAGAUUCGAAUCAAAAUGUUACGGUUCCGUCUGGUAAUGGAUCCAUCAAUCAAUUAACAGCAACACAUAAUGAAUCUGACACUGCGCCAGAUUCUGAAUUGAACCCAACUAAUUUAAACUGUACACAGUUGAGGGAAGAAAAUAAUGAUGACAUUUCACUUACUUUAGAAGAAUGCUCUGAAGUUCCUGAGCCAGAGGAACAUAAUGCUCUCCUAGAAAAAGAACAUGAGUCGGAACUCCGGCCCAAUGAUGAUGAUGAUUGUGAGGUGGACUCGGCCCUCAUGGCUAAACAAGAUGAAGACACUGUGUUAACUGACGACAUAAAUGUAGAUGUUAAAAGCAAGAAUAGUAUGAUAAUUCCAAAAGGAUUGACUAUAGGAACGCAACUUUGAUAAAAAAAAACAAAAAAAAAACAAAAAAAACAUGUAUGUACGUUACUGCCUCAUUGUAAGCGGGACCUGAGGAAAUGUAAUGUAUUUUGUAUAGAAUGUGUUGGAAGAUAAUUAUGAAAUAUGAACGUUUAAUAUGUGACCAAUGAAUGUCCAUACUGUAUUUCUGAAAACCGUUCUAUUUAAUUAUGUAAAUAUUUGACUAAGUUUCAAAUUGUAAAAUGAAUAGGCCAAAGCGGACUGACUUUUUAACCGCAACUUGGGCCAUGUCUUUUAAUCUGCCGAUUUAUUUGUACAUAUUAUGUGUUUUGUAUAUACUGCUGAUGUACUUGUUAUGUGCCAAAUUUUGAUACCGUACGUAUAUAUAUCUCGACUCUUAUUUUUUACUUUUCUUUGUAAAAUUAUUUUACUUUAGAGGAUAUUUUCAUAAUUAAUUUCAUAAAUCAUCCAUAAAACGUUAGGCCCUAUAGGGUGAAAUGUGUCGUUCCAUUUUUCACAUUAUCAUUCGUGGUGGCGUAUCCUUUAAUACGUACAUUUCAUUUUUGUUUGUAAUUCAGUCAUAUCCUGUAAAAUAACUCUAUUCCAUGUUUAUGAUUAAAGUUUGUUGACAGAUCUGGCAAAUAGGAACAAGGCCAAAAGCAAUGUAUUAUCAGGGGCGGAUUUAGAGGGGACGGGCCGGCUCCGCCCCCUCCCCCUCCCCCACUUUUGAAAAGUCAAAAAAAAUUUUUUUUUUAAUUGAUCACUCAAAAGGCCACAGAGGUUAUUUUCGGGCUUCUAGAACACAGAAAUUUCGUGGGGACAUGUCCCCGGACCCCUGGGGAGUUGCUAUCUCGAUCGGCCCCUUCUGGUCCCCCCUUUUGGACAUCUCUGGAUCCGCCCCUGAUUAUUGUGUUGCCCUUAACUGAAAAAAAAUAAGACGUGACGUGUAAUUCCAAAUGGAGUUAAUGUUGAAAAAGUGAUGGUGCUUAAUUCUGUUAGUCCACUUGAAGAAUACGAAAAUUGCCUACUGACCUUUGACACCGCUGUAACAAAUUUCUACAUUACAUUAGAUUGAAUUAAUUUUUGGACAAUCAAGAAAUAUUAUAUUUUGACAAUAUUGAGUUUAGCACAAUCUUUCUAGUUAACACUUCUCCUAUUUUUAUCAAAUCUAAUUUUUAUUUUGUUUAUUAUGAGUGAAUGAAUUACCAUUGUUUUGUAAUUAUGUACUAGUUAAUUCCAAUAAUAACUGAAAUAUGUUUUGUGUAUUGUUUGUGUAUUUGGCACGUAAUUUUAAGACGUGCUUUUAAUUAAAUUGUUUAAGAGAUUUUGCCGAAAUAUUGUUUAAAACAUUUGCAGCUAAUUUACAAAAGUAUUAAGGUGAGUAUGUAUAUAAUAGGCCUCAUUAUCUUGAAAGGUGGUUAUUUGAUUAUAGGGUAAAAUGUACAUUUUUGGUUGCUUUAUUCAUGGUAGAUAAUUAUAAUUUACACAAAAAUAGUGAGUAGAGCUAUAGCCUUGUGGUAAAUGAGCUAGUCUUCCAUUACUGUUCCAUUAGCCGUCUUCUUCUGAAGUGAUUACAGGUUUAAAUACUGUCAUACACCGAAAUUAUCAUUUACUUACGAUUAAAAGCAACUCGAUCUCUACACCUCAGUGGUUUUUAGAGCCCUUUACUAUAUUCUAUUCCGUGUAGUGAUUAUUUUUUAAUUGGAUAUAAAAAACAAUUACAUUUCUAAUUUUUCAAAGAAUGUUUGGGUCAGCAUAAUUCACUGUCUUGCAGAUUGAUUGAGGUUAAUAGUGAUCAUUGAAUUCAAAUUAUUCAUGGAGUAAUAUUAUUAAAUAAUUUCUCCGAUUCUGUGUUUAUGCUGCAUUUUAGAUAUGAAGAACAUCAUGUGUCAAAUAAUUAUAUAUUCUGUUGCAUAUUUAAUCAUUUUAGAUAUUUCUUGAUAGGCCUACAGUAUUGCUUAUUAAAACAAUCGCAACUCGUAACUUAAAAUGUAUGCUUUCACAAUCACGUUUUGAGCGAUAUGCUAGACAUUUACCACAGUCGCUUAUUGUCAGUAUUUUUAGAUGUUGUAUGUACCGGUAACUAUUAACUAAGUGAAGAAUUUGAAUGAUAUAGUGCAUGCUGGUGGUGAUGGAAUAAAAUGAUUAAGAUCAUUAUGGGCCCACCGGGCUGAAGGACAUAUCGAGGUUUCUACGUUUUAGACAGUUAGGUCUUGUUUAAUUGAUUCAAAGGAAUAAUAAAAUAAUUAAAAUGUUUCAUGUUCUUAGUUUUUGAGAGCAACAUUACUGUGUUGGGUUGUAGUGUGGUUUUUGGACGGAUACAAUCUGAGUGUCGAUUAUAGGCAAAACACGUGGCAGAUUUUAACAUAGGCGUAGUGUCGAAUCGGAGUUGAAUUAUGUUUUAUAAUAAUUAUCCAAUGUUUGAUUAAUGAAGGGUAAAAUUGUGGUAUCAGUAUUGACAAUUUCUAUUUUAUCAACAAUAUCAUUUCAUUUGGGGCAAUUUGUGGACAUGACGGGGGACAUGGAAAUAGGAAGAGUCCCUGUGCGCCCAUCGCACUGUAUACUGGCAUGUAUUCCAAUCUCUCUGAAUUCGUUUGAACCCAUAUCUCAGGGAGAAAUUACAACUCAGAUACCAAAAAAAAAACAAGUGUUAUGUAGACUUAAGAAUCUAUGCCCAUCAAAGUUCCUAAACGUUCAUGAGAGACAGUAGUAAUGAUAAUCAAGCCAUUCUGUUUAAUAUGCUAUACUUUGUAAGAUUAAAGACCUACAUUAAUUUUAAGAGAGUUUUUUUAUCAUCUCAAAUCACCUUGUUUUCCUUAAUCACACGGAAUUGAUAUUUUCAUGUCCAGUGAGCUAAUAUUGAGGACGUUCCAAUUGCUUUUGAUAUGUUCGCCACCGUUUAUUAUGAAGGUUCAAAAUAUAAUUUUUAUAUAAAGUUUUACAGUGUCUCUGUUCAUAUAAUCUUGUUGAUGAUCCAUGUGACAGUAUUGAAUAUUUGUGGAAGCGGUCACAUUACCGGUACGUAUUUUUGCACGUAACCCUGCCGAUGAUUAAUGUACGUUACAAAUGGUUAAGUUCGUAUAAAAGCCAAACGAAAGGAUAAGGCCUGUUUUCUAGACAGACAGAAGAGGGACGGACUGGGGAAGAGUUUAUUGAGCUCAGCUUUAUAGUAAUGAAUCAAUAAUAAUAAAAGUUAUGAGAAAAACAAA